AUGUACAAUCUCAGGAAUCGUGUCUGGGGCUUGCUUACUUUUGUCCCCAUCGCCACCGCCGCAGCACAUUAUCCUGCCAUUCCGUCCGACAAGACAACCCCAGUCCAGCAGCGCUUGGCUAUCAGCGGAGCAAACUCUAUUUCAGUCGGAUGGAAUACCUUUGAGCAGCUGAGCCGACCUUGUGUCCAGUAUGGUACCAGCAGUAGCAACCUCGACCGCGAGCAAUGCUCGGAUGUCUCGGUGACAUAUAAGACGUCUCGCACAUGGUCCAAUACUGUCAUCCUCAGCGGUCUGGCUGCCGGUCAAACUUAUUACUAUAAGAUCGUCUCCACUAAUUCGACAGUUGAGAGUUUCAUGAGCCCUAGAGCACCAGGUGAUAGAACCCCGUUUACCACGAGCGUUGUUAUUGAUCUCGGCGUAUACGGCCAAGAUGGAUACACCAUCAAGCGAGACAGUUCGAAGCGUGACCAAAUUCCUGCGAUAGACCCUGCUUUGAACCACACGACCAUCGGACGCCUGGCUGAGAACUUCAACGACUACGAGUGGGUUAUGCAUCCUGGUGACCUGGCCUAUGCCGAUGACUGGAUUCUGAGCUUGGAUAACCUAUUCGACGGCACUAAUGCAUACGAGGCGAUCACGGAGAACUUUUACAACCAGCUGUCUCCGAUAGCCAGCCGCAAGCCAUACAUGGCGAGCCCUGGGAAUCACGAGGCAGACUGUGCCGAAGUUGGCACACUUUUAAUUCGGACCAUCUGCCCCGAGGGGCAGAAGAACUUCACGGACUUCAAUGUGCGCUUCGGCAAGAACAUGCCAAGCGCCUUCUCGUCAACGUCGUCCGAUGACACUGCAAAGGUCAACGCAAACAAGGCCAAGAUGCUCGCGAAUCCGCCAUUUUGGUAUUCUUUCGAGUAUGGAAUGGUUCAUGUCACUAUGAUCGAUACUGAAACGGAUUUUCCCGACGCUCCGGACGCGCCCUUCGGCUCUGCUGGCCUCGAUGGCGGACCCUUUGGCUAUACAGGUCAGCAGUUGGAUUUCCUGAAAGCGGAUCUGGCAUCAGUGGACCGCACUGUGACUCCAUGGGUUAUAGUCGGUGGCCACCGCCCGUGGUAUUCGACAGGUGGAAGCGCUUGUACCGCAUGCCAGAAGGCUUUUGAGCCAGUGUUGUAUCAAUUUGGCGUCGACCUAGGAGUGUUUGGGCAUGUCCACAAUUCUCAGCGGUUUACCCCUGUGAAUAACAGUAUCAUCGACCCAGCUGGGAUGAAUGACCCGAAGAGCCCGAUGUACAUUGUUGCAGGAGGCGCUGGCAACAUCGAAGGCCUGAGUUCUGUUGGGUCCAACAUUUCGUCGAACCGCUUCGCUUACGCCGACGACUUCAGCUAUGCAACGCUCACUUUCAAGGAUGCGAACCAUCUCGACAUAAAUUUUAUUCAAUCAUCGACGGGUGAGAUCCUCGAUUCGUCGACGCUGUACAAGACGCACUCUGAACAGUUUGUUGUGCAGUAG